CUGGCACUUUUACUGGUCGGGGCUUAGAGCUGAGCCUGUAGCCGGGCGCCAUCUUUGACGCUGGCAGUCUUGGCUUUCUGCUGGUGUUGCUGCUGAGAGGACGGCGGGCGGCAGCGGCUAAGAAAGAAGAAAGUCGCGGCAGCAAGCGGGAGUCGGGGAUAGUGUCCUCGGUUCGGGUCCUCCUACUUUGGAGAUUUUCUCAAACUCCACAUACAGAAAGCCUCCGACCUUAUUCCGGUAUCCUACGCCCCUUCCCUACCUUAAUUACACUCCCACCCCUGCCCUCAGCGUCGAAGUCAAGAGCAACAGGGGCACUUCCGUUCUCCUUGUAGGAUUGAUGAAACCGUAAUGAAGAACAUCCCCUAAACUCCCAUAAUCGGUGCGGAUUCCUAUGGGGAAGGCCCAUAUUGUUGACAUCUUCCAGGCCUUGGUUCUGGACCUUGUGAAGGAGGCUGUGGAACUAGUGAUAGCGAUGCUUUUUAGGGUAAAUGUAUGUAGGUAUUGGGGGAAGGGGGAAGAUCAACCGAGAAGGUAUGGAAGUGGUUUAAAGCUCCUAUUUCAGUUUCUGCUGCUCAUAUAGCGUCCAACUUAUGAGUCACUCAUUUACAGGCCAUAAAGCUGUAAAAGCUGCUCCAGCCUUUAGUCUGAAAAGUAAACGUAGAUUAACUCUUGAUAGAAACAGUCAGCUGAAAAUGCAGCUUGUAACCUUGAUAUUUUCAUUUGACUCUCGAAGCAUUUUUUUUCAGCUACCCACAAUUUUAAAAAUUGUAUUUACUUUUUAGUUAGAGUUGAAAGGGUGAAAAUAGUGUUUGCCAUUAAUGACCAGUAUGUGGAGUCUGAUUUAGCUUCCCAGAAUUGACGUUUGGAGUUGUAUUAGUAAAUUAUAGUCCGAAAUGAUGAAUGUUGAAUGAUGCACUAUGUUUUUGUUUACUUGAAAUUUCCUAAAAAAUAAUUAAUUUCAGAAGUAAGGGAAAUCAGUGUCGCUACCGUGAGGCUUUAUAAAAAUAUUUUAAAAGCUGAAGACAUUUCAAGCAGAUAAAGUUCUUGAAGCAGAAAGAACAUGGGCCAGGGAUUUGGAAGACCUGCCUUCUAGCUGCUACUGACCCUGGGAAAGCGUGCCUUAGUUCUUUUUUCUGUACCAUGAGGAGAUUGGACUAUUUGAAUCUAGAACUCAGAAAGUUGGAAGGGAUCUUAAAGCCCUCUAAGAAAGAGUUUGGGAAUGUUCUUCAUUGCUGUCACUUUUGCUCCAAAAAUAACCUGGCUUGGAAGUCAUUGGUCCAAAGGGAAUUUGAGUCUCCAUAGAAAUUGGAGAAAAGUUAAUGCAAGUAGAGAGAAACAGCCGUAUGUCUGCUUGAGCAAUAAACCCUCUAACAGAUUCUGGUACGAAUUUUGGAGACAUAAAGAGAAUGAGUGUAUGUACCUUAAGUGUACCGGUUUCCUCACUCUCUCCUGGUAGAAGAUGCAGCACUUUUAGUGGUGCUGGAAUUCUGGGAUGUGUUUCUAUUAAUUCUAGUACAGAUGAAGAUGAUGUGGUAGAGGGAAAGAUGGUGGCAGAAGGAAUGGAUAGAGAGGCGAAAUUGCCUGCUAAAAAAAAAAGAAAGAAGGGUUUGCGAAUUAAGGGGAAAAGACGACGGAAAAAACUGAUCCUUGCAAAAAAAUUUAGUAAGGAUUUGGGAUCUGGAAGGCCUGUUGCAGAUGGUCCUGCCUUGUUAACUUCCAGUGCUCCUGAGCAGGAUGAAGAAAGUCUUUUUGAGAAUAAUAUCGAAAAGCAGAUUUAUCUACCUAGUACCAGAGCCAAGACCUCCAUUGUGUGGCACUUCUUUCAUGUUGACCCACAGUACACCUGGCGUGCUAUUUGUAACCUCUGUGAAAAAAGUGUUAGCAGGGGUAAACCAGGCAGCCAUCUUGGGACAUCUACUCUUCAACGACACCUGCAGGCAAGGCAUUCACCUCACUGGACCAGGGCCAACAAAUUUGGAGUCACUAGUGGGGAGGAGGAUUUUACUUUGGAUGUACCUUUGUCUCCCUCUUCUGCUGGAAGCAAUGGAAGUUUUGACUAUAUCCCUACCGAUUCAUUAGAUGAUAAUAGAGUGGGCAAGAAACGUGAGAAAUCAGUAUCUGAUGCCCUGAGAGCAGAAAGAGGGAGAUUUCUCAUCAAAAGUAACAUUGUCAAGCAUGCCUUAAUUCCUGGAACAAGAGCCAAGACAUCUGCAGUUUGGAAUUUUUUUUAUACUGAUCCUCAGCACAUCUCAAGAGCCGUGUGUAACAUAUGUAAAAGAAGUGUGAGCCGUGGUAGGCCAGGUUCUCACUUAGGAACUUCAACACUUCAACGACAUCUGCAGGCCACACAUCCCAUCCAUUGGGCUGUUGCCAAUAAAGACAGUGGUACAGUUGGAAAUGGAUUAGAUGAGGCUGAGGCUGAGACUGAGAGAAAUGAGCUCUUGAGCGAUACUGUGCAUGGAGAGAAGUCUACAGGCAGCCAUGAUACAACAGUUGAGGAUCUUAGUGACUCUGAGUCAGAUGAACCUCCUGUAUUAGAGAUUGAAAGCAGAAGAUCUGAGAGUCCUAUUCCUGUUGCAGAGCAAGAUUCUAUGCUGAAUGCACAGGAGAGAGAAACAUGUGAAAAUUCAGUCUCAAGUCAAAUAAGUCAGGCAAUUAUUCAGAUGAUUGUGGAGGAUAUGCAUCCUUACAACUACUUUUCAACCCCAGCUUUUCAGCGGUUUAUGCAGAUUGUAGCCCCUGAUUAUAGGUUACCAUCAGAGACUUACUUUUUUACUAAGGCUGUACCUCAAUUAUAUGAUUGGGUCAGAGAAAAAAUUUUCUUGACCUUGGAGAAUGUUCAAAGCCAGAAGAUUCACCUGACUGUGGACAUAUGGACCCAUGAUCCGUCCACUGACUAUUUCAUUGUGACUGUGCACUGGGUCUCUUUGGAAACUACACCUUUCAAUAAUGGCAGGUGCCCCAAUUUUAGAAAGUGGGCAGUGCUUUGUGUAACAGGUUUGGCCAAAGACUGCUUGGUCACCAACAUUUUACAAGAAUUAAAUGACCAGAUUGGUCUGUGGCUUUCUCCUAAUUUCCUCAUCCCCCGCUUCAUUGUUUCUGACAAUUCCUCUAAUGUGGUACAUGCAAUCAAAGAUGGUGGCUUUACGCAUGUGCCAUGCUUCCUGCAUUGUUUAAAUAUAGUCAUUCAGGACUUUUUCUGUGAGCACAAAAGCAUUGAGAAUAUGUUAGUGGCUGCUAGGAAAACCUGUCAUCAUUUUAGUCAUUCAGUCAAGGCUCGUCAGAUACUGCAAGAAUUCCAAAAUGAUCACCAACUUCCUUGGAAGAAUUUGAAGCAGGAUGAAACUGGCCACUGGAUUUCUACCUUCUAUAUGUUAAAAUGGCUCUUGGAGCAUUGCUACUCAGUUCACCAUAGUCUUGGUAGAGCUAGUGGAGUUGUGCUAACCUCCCUUCAAUGGACUCUAAUGACUUAUGUUUGUGAUAUUCUUAAGCCAUUUGAGGAGGCCACUCAGAAAGUGAGUGUGAAAACCACAGGAUUGAAUCAGGUGCUACCCCUAAUCCAUCAUCUACUUCUUUCACUGCAGAAACUCAGAGAAGAUUUUCAGGUCAGAGGUAUUACUCAGGCACUCAAUCUGGUGGACAGUUUAUCUCUGAAACUUGAAACUGAUACCCUUCUAAGUGCCAUGCUCAAGUCCAAGCCCUGUAUCUUGGCUGCUUUGUUAGAUCCUUGCUUUAAAAACAAAUUGGAAGACUUUUUCCCUCAAGGUGCUGAUAUAGAAACUUAUAAGCAGAUCCUUGCAGAAGAAGUUUGUAAUUAUAUGGAAUCUUCACCAGAGGUCUGCCAUAUUGCAACUCCAGAAUCUUCUGGUCCCUCAACUAUAGUAGGAACUGAUUCAUUUACCUCAUCUAUAAGAGAAGGCCCCUCCAGUUCAGGGUCUAUUGAUAGCUCAACUGCAGAUAUUGUUGCCAUUGGAAGCAAAAGCUUCAUGUUUCCUUCUGCUAUAGCAGUAGUGGAUGAAUAUUUCAAAGAGAAGUAUGCAGAGAUCUCAGGAGAUGAUGACCCUUUGAUAUACUGGCAGAGGAAGGUGAGCAUAUGGCCUGCUUUGACCCAAGUUGCCAUUCAGUAUCUGAGCUGCCCCAUGUGUAGUUGGCAAUCUGAGUGUAUCUUUACUACAAAUAGCCACUUUCAUCCAAAGCAGAUCAUGAGCCUGGACUUUGACAAUAUAGAACAGCUGAUGUUUCUGAAAAUGAACUUGAAAAAUGUUAACUAUGAUUAUUCUACAUUGGUUCUGAGCUGGGAUCCUGAGAAUGAAGUUGUUCAAAGCAAUGAAAAAGAAAUAUUAUCUUAAUUUCUUUUUCCUUUCUCCAUUAAAAAUGGGCAGUUUAUUGCUGUUACUGUAUCCUAAUUGCUAUAGUUGUUACAUAUAGUUAUACUAACUAUUCCUUAUAAACUAAUCUGAGUAAAUCUGAAAAUGCAAUUGCUGAAAAUUCCUCAGAGGCAAUAUAAUGUUGCAAAGUGAAGAUUAACUUUCAAGAUUUCAUACUAGUAAUUCAAUACAGCUGUCACUUGAGUUUUGGUUUAUGCCUACUGAAAGAAAAAAGAUACUUUUUAAUUUAAAAAAUAUAGUGCAGCAUUGAAAGGCCUGAGACUUUCUGACUAGUUGAUUAAAUUAGUGAUUGGUUUUAAGUAAAGAUUUCUCCCAAUGUGGAAAGUUUGCUCUGAAACCAAUGUAAUUGAGAAAGAAAGCAUACUGAGUGGGUAUUCCUUUCCCUUUUCCCAUUUUCCUAUUUCUUUAAAAACUGAUUACUACUUAUUGCAUGGCAAAAACUCACAAAAUUGUUUUAUAUUUGGCAAUUUCUAAUUGCCUCCUCAUACUGGUCAGCUUUAUAAUUUCAUCUUAGUGUCAUAGUUACCCUUUAUAUUUAGGAUUGGAUUUAUAUAAAAGGUAAAACAAUUUUUAUGUGUAGUCUUUGAACUGCCUUUUUAAACUUUUAUAAGAUAGUGUAAAAUAAAAAUAUUGUGUUUGUACUUUUACAUAAUUUAUGGGUAAAUGACAUAGCAGAAGUUUACAGAUUGAAUGGUAAUUGGAAUUAGCAUGAGUCCCAUGAACAUACUUUGAGACCCAGUAUCCAUUUCCCAAAGAAUGUUUCUCUAAUUUAAGUGAUUUUAGAUCGCCUUUAAAAAGUAUACUGUCUGAUCCAUACUACUGUAUUAUUAAUUAUGAGAUUAUUAAUUAUGAGAUAAUUAUGAGAUUAAUUGGCCAAUAUUUUCAUGUGUUAGGAAUCAUUGCCUCACUGGUAAAGUGAAAAAUUGAUCUCAGCGAUCUUUAAAGUCCCUUUCCACUCUAAAAGUAUAUUUUUGUGAUUGAGUGGGAGGCCAGAAAAUGAUGACUUUUAGUAAAAGUCUAUUAAAAGUUUUAGACUGAAUAACUAAUAUGAGAUCCCAAUUUUUCCUUUUUUUCAUUUUAGAUUUGGGGAUAUUCCCUGCCCAAAAAUUUCCUGGAAAAUUGAC